AGGGGGCACGAAGUGAAAGCUCUGGCGGUGUGGUACACGGGGGCGGUUUCCCGCUGGGCCCCAGAGCCUGAACCAGAGCCAAUCGCGCAGCCGAGGCAGCUGCCAAUCACACGGCUCCCUCCAAUCCCACCCGUGCCAUUUCCAAAAACUCGGUCCCACUGUGCAGCUCAAAUGUGGUGUUCACUCUGCCAAUCGCUGGAGGAUAGAGUGGGGACAAGAAUAAGCUGUUACGAGGCCCGGACACAAGAAGUUAAAGAGCCCCUAAUAUAUACAUGUUUUUGAAGGCAGGCAGAGGAGGGAAAAGUCCCCCCAGUGAGGGUCUAUGGGCCUGAUUGUAUAGUUAUGAUGGAGCCCCCUUUGAGCAAGAGGAACCCGCCAGCGCUGAGAUUAGCGGAUUUGGCAACGGCUCAGGCCCAACAGCUUCAGAAUAUGACAGGCUUCCCGGUGCUGGCCGGCCCGCCCGCCCACUCCCAACGCCGCGCGGUCGCCAUGCACCUCCACCCGCGGGACCUAGGCACUGACCCCGGCGUGGCCAGCACUGUGCUCGGACUCGAGCACAUGGCACAGGCCAGUGGGCACGGCCCCAGCCCUCCCGCCCAGGCGCUCCCCGGGCUGCCCCAGGCUCCCGCACCAGCCGCCCGCUCCGCGGCCUCAGGGACGCACACAGGCGUCCGCACCCACCCCGACGGCGGGGGCAGCCGUGGCGCGCAGGCCUCGGCGCCCCCGCCUCCAGCCCCUCCUCUUCCUCCCUCCCAGUCCUCCUCUCCCCCUCCCCCGCCUCCUCCUCCUCCUGCCCUCUCGGGCUACACUGCCACCAACAGUGGCGGCGGCGGCAGCAGCGGCAAAGGCCACAGCAGGGACUUCGUCCUCCGGAGGGACCUUUCCGCCACGGCCCCCGCGGCGGCCAUGCACGGGGCCCCGCUCGGAGGGGAGCAGCGGUCCGGUAGCAGUUCCCCCCAGCACCCGACCCCGCCUCCCCACCCGGCCGGGAUGUUCAUCUCGGCCAGCGGCACCUACGCGGGCCGGGACGGCGGCGGCUCCGCGCUCUUUCCCGAGCUGCACGACUCUCCCGGGGCUCCCGGCGGCCACCCGCUCAACGGCCAGAUGCGCCUGGGGCUGGCGGCCGCCGCCGCGGCUGCGGCCGAGCUGUACGGCCGCGCAGAACCACCCUUCGCUCCGCGCUCAGGGGACGCGCACUACGGGGCGGUGGCGGCCGCCGCGGCCGCCGCCCUGCACGGCUACGGAGCCGUGAACUUAAACCUGAACCUGGCUGCGGCAGCGGCGGCCGCGGCGGCCGCGGGGCCCGGGCCCCACCUGCAACACCACGCGCCGCCCCCGGCGCCACCGCCGGCGCCCGCGCCGCACCCGCACCACCCCCACCUCCCGGGGGCGGCCGGGGCCUUCCUGCGCUACAUGCGGCAGCCAAUCAAGCGGGAGCUCAUCUGCAAGUGGCUGGACCCCGAGGAGCUGGCCGGGCCGCCGGCGCCCGCGGACAGCGGCGUCAAGCCCUGCUCCAAAACUUUCGGCACCAUGCACGAGCUGGUGAACCACGUCACAGUGGAGCACGUGGGCGGCCCGGAGCAGAGCAGCCACGUCUGCUUCUGGGAGGACUGUCCGCGCGAGGGCAAGCCCUUCAAGGCCAAGUACAAGCUCAUCAACCACAUCCGCGUGCACACCGGCGAGAAGCCCUUCCCCUGCCCGUUCCCGGGCUGCGGCAAGGUCUUCGCGCGCUCCGAGAACCUCAAGAUCCACAAGCGCACUCAUACAGGGGAAAAGCCUUUCAAAUGUGAAUUUGAUGGUUGUGAUAGGAAGUUUGCCAAUAGCAGCGAUCGAAAGAAACACUCCCAUGUCCACACCAGUGACAAGCCCUACUACUGUAAGAUUCGAGGCUGUGACAAAUCGUACACCCACCCAAGCUCUCUGAGGAAGCACAUGAAGAUUCACUGCAAGUCCCCCCCACCUUCUCCUGGAGCUCUUGGUUACUCAUCGGUGGGGACUCCCGUGGGUGAUCCUUUGUCCCCUGUGCUGGACCCAACCAGGAGUCGAUCCAGCACUCUGUCCCCUCAGGUGACCAACCUCAAUGAGUGGUAUGUUUGCCAGGCCAGCGGGGCCCCCAGCCAUCUCCACACACCUUCCAGCAAUGGAACCACCUCUGAGUCUGAAGAUGAGGAAAUGUAUGGGAACCCUGAAGUCAUGCGGACGAUACAUUAGAAUUAUUAUUAAUAAGUGAGGUAGUAAGUGAGAGAGUCCUUGGACCAUGUCCUAACCUGAAACAAUGCUGAGCCUGAGACAAACUGGUGACUCAGACUUGCCACCGGGUCUAAUUAGCCCUAUUUAUUCAGUAUGAAACCCUAUGGUGUUUGUACAUUUAAUUAAUUUAAUUAAGAUAUUUGGUUGUGGGGUUUUUUUGUUUUUCUUUUUUUUUUUUCUUUCCUCUUUCUCCUAAAAGAAACAAACACAACCACAAAAUAAAACAGGACCAGGGAUGUAGCUCAGUGGUAGAGCACUUGCCUAGCAUGCACGAGGCCCUGGGUUCAAUCUCUAGCACUGGAGUGGAAAAGUAAUGGCAAAUAAAAGGCGACCAAGUUGGACAUUGGUACAUUGCAGGGGGACAGGCCUGGUGUCAGAGUCUAUCAGGGGAAUUGAGUGGAGAUUGAGAUAUAUACUGCCAAUACAGUGUGUGCGUGUGCGUGUGCGUGUGCGUGUGUGUGUGUGUGUGUGUGUGUGUGUGUGUGUGUGUGUGUGUUAAAUGGGGGAAAAAAUAUUAAGUUAGAACUUAACACAUCAACCAGGUCCUCUCCAUGUCCCAGAGUGCCUCUCAGAUGCCUUUGACACCAUAAUGAGGGCUGCUCUUGAGCCUUCUGAUACAGACUUAAUUCUGCAAAGGCCUCUUGAUUGUAAAACACACACUUGCUGCAUUGACAACAGAUCCUGGACUGUGCCUGUAUCCAAAUGUCUUUGUAUAACAAACAAACAGAACUUUGGUUUCGAAUAUUAUUUUAAUUCCUCUGCUUUUAUUAUCAAUCUCAAUGUAACAUGAUAUUUUUAUACAGGAUUGUUCCUUCAGUUUCUUGUGUGAUUUUAAAAAAGCAAAAACAAAAAACAAAAGUCAAGCCAAGUGCAGCCACCUUAACAUAGAACCAUAUAUCAUGCUACUGUGAUUGUUCAAGCAGAAAUGGAGAGGAGCUACUGAGACAGACAACUGGGAAACUGAUCUUUUAUAAACCAGAAGUAAAUUCAAGUGCUUUCUCUUUCCUCUGCUGGGUUGUGUUGUUUUGAUUUGAAAUUGGGAAUUUCAGAUGCUGCCUCCUGGCUGUAUCCAAAUUUGUAGGGUAAUGAAGAGUUAUGGUUUUGACCAUAAGUUCUUUGGGAUGCCAACAUGCACAGUGGUGUCUGAGGAAGUGUUAGGAUUGCAUCCUAUCCACUUUUAAAAGAGAUUAAAAAAAAACAAAAACAACAAAAAAACAGGCCAACUCCUCUUUUAUACUACUGUAUCGACCUUUAAAAAAAAAAAAGGUCUUUAUUUCUAAUGCAUUUUCUUUUCAUCUGUGCCACAAGGACUGAAUCUUCUUCCAUUUGUAAUGGCAGUGUGAAGUGUAUGGUUUAUUUUACAAGAGGAGGAGUUGCUAUAUAUAUUAAAAAUUUUAAAAGGCUUAUAGUUAACCAGCAAAUGCUGAUGAAUGGGUGACCUUUGCCAGAGCUGUCAAGCCAGGAUACAAAGGGUCAAGGGCCUAGGACAAUAACUCUUAGUCAGUUUCUGUUCGGUUGGUACAACACAUCUCCUGUGCAAACUGUAACCCAUCAGAAACACCAUACACAUACACUAAAGGUACUAAUUUAUCCUCAGAGACCCUGAAGACACCCCCUCCCCCAUGAUUUGUAGAAAUUUGUUUUGUGUACUGUGAGUGGUUAAUGUAGUCUUGUCCUUGUUAAUAACGUGUCUGUGAAUACUUUUAUUUGUACAGUUUUUAAUUAAUUUAUUUUUGGAGAUCUUUUUCUUUUUCUGGAAGAGUUCAAAGCACACCAAAGAAAUAUAUUAUACAUUUUGGCGAAAGAUUGUCAUUUAUGAUCCAUUGUUUAUUUAAGAAAAAAGGAAAGGAAAGAAAGUGGGAAAUAUAAAAUAUAUUUUUAAGCUUACUUGAAUGGACAAGGUAAUGUGAAAACUCGAGACUCUUCCUGCACGUCUUCUUGCCUCGUAUUGAUGAGAUUAUGUAUAGUUUAUAGAUAUAUUAGUACGGUGCAUGGUGCUGUUACGUGGAUACCUUCUAAUGUUGUCUUCAGAUUGUUACAGUAAAUGUGAAACAUGCAGACCCUCCUUUACAAAGAGAGAGACCUACAACUUGAAUAUAAAAUAAUCCUACAUUUUAAAGGUUUAUCUGAUUUUUUUUCCUGUUAUUCACUUUCAAAUAGAAAAGAUAAGGUAUGAACUUGGGUGGGAUAACUUAUGUACUGUAAGUUUGUUAGGACAGAGUAUUCCUGAUGUAUAAUGAGUUUUAUUUAUACAACUUUUUCAAUGGUAGUUUGCACUAUUCUUUAUCAUGCUACAGGUUUAUUUAUUAUGAAACAAAGGAAUAUGUAUUUUAUGUAUUUUGCCAUGAAUAGGUUAACUCUGUCACAAAUUUAUUGGUUCCUGAUACACUGAAAAUAAAACCUUAAAAUGUGUACCUCCCUUAGAAAGAAGGCAAGAAUGGUGAUGGACAAAUUAAUAAAGGUAUUCUUCCUAUGUA